AUAAUUCGAAUUAGUAGCUGGCACACAAUUUGUAAGAAUAUUUUUAAUGUCUGCUUUACAGGCACUUCAUUUUUCUUCUCUUUUUUUAUUAUUAAUUUACUCUCAAUGUAUUAUUUUUUCUAUUUACUUUAACCGACUUUUAUAUUCAAAUUAUAUUCCACACCCAAAUAUGUCAUCGUAUUCGGUUUUUCAGACACUGCCUUUGCUCGUCAUCGAGUUAGUAGUCAAAUACUACCUAGCCGGCGACUCUGGAAACCGCAAUACCGACACAUCUGUAGCCCUAUCCAUUCUCCACAGCUGCCACCUAUGGCGCACAAUCAUUAUCAACAAGUCAUUUGAAGAUGUUUACUUUAAUUUCCAAAUUCUAGCUAACCAGUCCUUCACUUUCCCAUAUUGGCCCAUAUGCCUCGGGACACCCACAUUCCCCACUUCCCACUUGGUGAAAACAGUCCAUGUGCGUAUUGGCGGGUGGAUUCCAUUAAUGUACAUGUACAAGCAUUCAAAAUUUAUGAAAACGCCGUCUUCUCGGCCAAUCUACCCAGCAGCGCAUUCGCUCUUUGUUAGUGUUAAUAAUAAGGGACAAUAUUACGACACAAUGAUGCUAGAGAGGGUUGACACCCUGGUGGAUGCUACUGCGAUUUUCCGGGCGUUCAGGCAGAUGGUGCCCGCAGUCGAGCUAGUCGACAUAUCGUUGAGCUCUAAAUAUGAUUCUACAAAAGCCACGGUAUUUCUCGGCCGCCUAUACACAGCCACUGAGGAGCUCUACCGCGGGGUUAAAAAAUUAUCAUUUGUGCAGAGUUCCGAUGACCUCACACGCACAAGGGUUGAGCCGGCGGAGAUUCCAGGAUUGACGCAUUUUGCAUACACGUGUCAUGUAAAUACCGCGCCGGUCGUGGAAUGUAUCCGACGCAAUGCCAAGACACUUGUAGUAUUGGAGCUCAAUAAAUGGACGGAUGCAUUGGCGGUAGAGAUAUUGAUCAACGGGAUGGGCGAUCCGGUGGUGUAUGGGUGCCUGGAGAAAAUUAUGUUUAACAUGGCAGAACCUUUGGAAGAGUCGAAGGUGGCAGAGGCACUUACGGGCUCCUCCGCUGUGGUUCAUUUCCCGUGGAUCCGGUCAGCAAAAGUAAGCGGAGUAUUUCCCUACUCCGACAAUGUGUUGUUCAGGGGCGCUGGCGGGGUCAGUAUGCUGGAGGAAAUCGACGUUUGGACGGACCCCAGGUUUGUAAACAUGGUAGAUCAACAUCGGGCAUUCACCAGCGCCCAGUUCCCUCACCUCCAGCGCAUCCGCUUAGUAAACAACUUCCCACCAGGCCACUUGCUGGUGCAGCCCCGGAAGGCAAUAGUCAACCACUGCGUUACCCAGAUUAUCGACGCCGCUGGGGUAUCCUACACGAGCCUCCGCUCUUUUGUGUUCACCGGCGACCUGUCCACUGGCCUGCUCGUCAAGCGAAACAGGGAAUCCAGCGGAUUACCAAUGUUCUUUGCGAUCCGUACGCUGGUGGUUCCAGGAUGUCAACUGGAGCUUUCUGAUAUUGUGACAAUUCUGCGAUGUGCUCCCGCUUUGCACACUUUGCAUUGUGCGGCGCCGAUUUGUGCGCCAAUGAUUGAGGGCAUGGAAAAGAAAGGAAUUCCAGAUUAUAUGCGGGCGGUGGGUGAGGAAAUCGGCAGGGGACUGCGUGCAAUGGUGGUUGGGGUGAGGCGGUUCUGCUUGGUGGAGUAUUUGGCCGAGACCGUCGCUCUGGUGGGAGUUGCAGUGGCUGGGCGCGCAAGGUUCACUCUGGUUGGCGACGAUGGGCCGGAAUUCUACGCGCAUAUUUCCGAGAUCAUGCAACAAGAGCAUUUUGCAGAGUACGCGGGCAGAAUCAGGGCGUUUGCGCGCCGCAAUAGACAUGGGUAAGACUAAGUUAUUUUAAUUGUUUUUUUGU